CCUUCGGAACCCUCCAACCCGCUAUUGGCCGUCCGUCCUCCUCCAUUCAACGUCAGCAUGCCUACCAUGGACGCCUCCAAGCUCCUCCAGCUGCAGACGUCGGCUGCCUACUCCUCCAAGAGGCCCCAGCCCCAGCCCAUCCAGGACGUCCUGGACCUCAGCCCCAUCAGCGACUCCCGCUCGGGCUCGGAUGCCUCUUCUCACGGCUCCUUUGCCCCGGCUCUCCAGACCAUCCGCUGCUCUCGCUGCCACCGCACUGCCAGCUUUGGCUCCAAGCAGAUGGUCAGCUUCGGCGUCAACUCGUACUACUGCACGCGCUGCGCCUCCAUCGUGGGCUUUGGCUCUGGCUGAGCGCUUCGUCCACCUUCCGGAUUCGUUCACCGGAAGCAACCACACCAAACCUAUCACCACCAACCAAGGCCUACAUGUUGAUUUACCCAUCAUCUUUUUUGGCAUUGGCAGCACUUGCACGUCGUACGCACCGCCGCGAUUUGUCAACCGCAUGCUGCAGUCAUAGUUGCACAACAACGACAUGCCCGUGUCGGGUUUCAACCAGUCGCCCAUCGGCUUUUUACCGAGAACGCUGCCACCUGUCGGCCCGGUCUUUGGUUACUCAACGCAGCAGAAGGCUUUUACGAAAGGCAAGGAGGAAAACGACGAAGGACCAUGUCAUGUCUAGCGCCACCACAGCAAUGCAUCGGACAAAAAGAGGGAGUGAAUUGAGGGUCACGAACUCGCACCUGCAGCGCAGGCCCCUGUCGUUGAUCGGAU